AUGGGGGUCAACUUCGAUCUCCCGGCCCGCAAGCUGGAAGACUGUGGGAGGACCGCCCCGUGUGCUGGCUGCCUCCACCCGACGCUCCACACCGCUCCCAAUCCAUUCGCGGUUGGCGAUCUGCAGCCGAAAGCCGAGCCCUGGUUCCCUCGGCCGGCCGGCCAUGUGGGCAGCGGGCGGCGGCGUGUCCGUCCGAACUCUGCCGAAGGUGGCGGCAGCCCGGAGUCCCAGCCCUUCACCGGGGGUCCGCUCCCCGGCCUAGAUCCUAACUGGCGACGAGAAGUGACAGCAGCAGUCGGAUCGGCCCACGUGCAAGCUUUGCAGUCCAGAACCUCUCACCGGAACGAGCCUAGCAGAUUGGAAACUCGGUUGCAGUGUUUGUCCCAUAUGGAAAGUAGGGAGAGCCGCCUGCCUUGCCCAGUUCGAGGCUCCCGGGUGUCAGCCUCGAACUCACAGAGAUCCGCCUGCCUCUGCCUCCCAAGUGCUGGGAUUAAAGGCGUGCGCCACCACCACCCUACAAACGUAGAAAUCUUGUGGGAAAGAAAAUGUGUAAGAAUUACUAAUGGAGGUUCUUGUCUUCAGGAUAACUGGGAUGAUGAUGAUGAUGAAAAUAAAGAGGAAGCAGAAGUAAAACCAGAAGUAAAAAUUUCAGAAAAGAAAAAAAUAGCAGAAAAGAUAAAAGAGAAAGAACGGCAGCAGAAGAAAAGGCAAGAAGAAAUUAGAAAGAGGUUAGAAGAGUCUGAAGAACCUAAAGUGCUAACACCUGAAGAACAAUUAGCAGAUAAACUUCGGCUAAAGAAGCUACAGGAAGAGUCAGACCUUGAAUUAGCAAAAGAAACUUUUGGUGUUAAUAAUACAGGUUAUGGAAUAGAUGCUAUGAACCCAUCUUCAAGAGAUGAUUUCACAGAGUUUGGAAAAUUACUAAAAGAUAAAAUUACACAAUAUGAAAAAUCACUAUAUUAUGCCAGCUUUUUGGAAGCCUUAGUUCGAGAUGUCUGUAUUUCAUUGGAAAUUGAUGACUUGAAAAAGAUUACCAAUUCAUUGACUGUGCUUUGCAGUGAAAAACAGAAGCAAGAAAAGCAAAACAAAGCCAAAAAGAAGAAGAAAGGUGUGGUUCCUGGAGGGGGAUUAAAGGCCACUAUGAAAGAUGACCUUGCAGACUAUGGUGGAUAUGACGGAGGCUAUGUACAAGACUACGAAGACUUCAUGUGACAUUCUGUCUUCUCCUGGUGUCUUCUUUCUGUUGCCCACAAUCCCUUCAACAUGUAGCACAACUUCCUUUCCUUUCAGUUCUGCCAAAUGCUACAAUCAGAAGUGCAGUAUCUUUCGUGCUGGUUAUUUAACCCCUUGACACUCAGGUGCUAAUGAGCAAAUGAGGGAACUUGGAUCUUGUUGCCAAGGGGUUAAAAUUGGGAACUUCAGUUGCUACUAAAUCAUAGUUUAAAAACAAAACAAACCUAAUAAUGUUGUCAUUGUUGCUAUCUGAUUCCAUAGCAGCAGUCACUAAAUUGGAAACAAAGGUCGCAACAUGACAAAUUGUGUAGUAUUUACCAGCACCAUUCAGUAAUACAGCCUUAACCAUACCUCCUUGAACUACUUCAUAACUUGUCAAGAAGAGCAGUUUGCAGCAAGCAAGGGCAUGUGGGAUGCACCUAGUAUUAAAAUUGCUUUGUCUAAAAUUUGAGUGUGAGGAUAUUAAAAACAUGUUGUGAAGAAGACUGCUUAUCUCAGAGUGAAGAUAAGAUUGUGGCUGAAAAAUACUAGUUUGAUACUUAAGAUUUUAAUGACCAAAACCCUUCAACUUUGAAGCUGAAGAAGGUAAACCUCUCCAUUGUCACAGUGCCAGUGGUGGACGCUCCAGUACAUUGACUGUCUAGUUAUUUAUCGGCUCAUUUCUACUGAUGGAAGACUUCAGAUGGGGGAGGGAACCGUUUCUAUUUGCCUGACUCAAGUGUCUGAGAAACAAAUCUUGUUCUUCUAGGCUGCAACAGAAAAACUUAACAGGGUUUUGGCAUUUUCUUUUCUUUAUAAAACAUACUCAGCAAACUACAGUUUGGUAAAUUGUUAUGUUAACAAUUAUGACAUCCACAAUGUUUUAUAAAGCAACUAAUUUAAUAAAAUCACUAUUGUGAGGACUUAAA